GCCUGAUGCUUUAUUCCAGGCGGCAGGGUAUCUCUAGCCGGGCAGAUGCCAGGGAUGCUGCGGCUGCCGCCCGUGUGUCCUCCGCUGUGUGCCAGGCACCGGGGUGUGGAGGACUUUAUCCUGGGCACAGAGGAGAGGGGAGAUGUCUUCACAGGACAUAUAAACUUUGGGGACAAUGAAGAGUCAGCAUCCAUCUGAUGAAGUCCGUAGUCCUCGGUCAUCCAGCAGAGGGGACAUGCCUGAAGAGACCUGCUGCCUGCCGCAUCUCCUCAUCGUCAACACUUCUUUUAGGUACAAUUGUGUCAAGUUGGGUUUAGAUAACAAUGCGGACUUCCCAGUGACUUAUGACCUCCGAAAUUAGACUCUGUGCAAAGUACUAACUCUCCAACCAUAGGAAUGCCACCACCUAAGAGCAGCAUGUGGAGCUUCUGGAGGAGCUUUGGCAGAAGGACCUUGUGCAGUUUGCUGGUGGCCGUGGUAAUAACCAUAUUGGUGGUUGCAUCGUAUGCACUUUCUGGAGGGAGAUCAGAUCUGAUCCAGGUCCUCUCUGCGUCCUUCACAAGAGACUUUGCUUUCAUCUCCAACCAUUCUGCUACAGAAAGACUAAAGGAGGCCAUUAAGGGAUGCCCUAUAAACCUUACCUUCACCACGCAGAACGUACAGAACUCCUACCUGGAUAGAGGAGAGCUCCUCCUAACAUCACGACGGAUACCAACCAUAGCGGAACUAGAGCAAUAUGAACCUCAUCUCUUCUCUGUAAUACCACAUGAGUUCCUCCCCUCGUGCCGCAGUCCUUGCUGGUACCACAAAUAUGAUGGAAACGACAGCAGUGAUCCCUAUGGGACCAACGCCUACUCUUUGUACGCCAAACGUUUACACAACAUAUUUGAGGACAUGAGACGAAGGUUCUGGUCGCGUCUUACAGUAAGGAACGGUUGUUACUACAGGUUGCGGUGUUUGCCUCACUUCUACAUUAUUGGGCAGCCAAAGUGCGGAACUACCGACCUAUACGACCGCCUGAGACUCCACCCUAAUGUCCACUUCUCCGUCAUCAAGGAGCCGCACUGGUGGACGCGGAAACGCUUCGGAAUUGUAAGAUUAAAGGAACCUUUCCACAAGCCGUUCCCCUUAGAAGAUUAUCUGGACCUUUUUGACAUGGCAGCCCAAAAAAUACAAGAUUUCCACAGUGAAGACUUACUGAUGGACUCCGGGCGGAUGGAUCAGAUCCUUAUAGGAGAAGCCAGUGCAUCGACCAUGUGGGACAACAGUGCUUGGUCUUACUUCUACGACAAUGUCACCAACACGGAGCCCCCAGUGCUGAUCCAAGACUUCAUCCAUGUGUUCCAGCCAAGGGCCAAGUUUCUUGUCAUGCUGCGGGACCCCGUGGAGAGGCUUUAUUCUGAUUAUUUGUACUUCGCGAUUGCCAACAAGUCAGCCGAAGAUUUCAACGACAAAGUGAAUGAGUCUCUGCAGAUGUUUGAGAGCUGCCUGCAAGCGUCCUCCCUGCGUUCCUGUGCCUACAAUACCACCUUCAGCAACACUCUGCCGGUACGUCUUCAGGUUGGACUGUAUGCAUUGUAUUUAUGGGACUGGCUGUCGGUCUUUGAUUUGGAUCAGUUUCUCAUUCUCCGCCUGGAAGAUCAUGCAGCAAAUAUCACACAGAGCAUGAGGCUUGUAUACAGAUUCCUCAAUCUAGGGCCCGUGAGUGAAGAACAGGAGGCCUCUAUAACACACAAGCAAGCCUCAAACAGCCGUCGCCCUGAGGAUUGCAGCUUGGGUCCUAUGCUUCCUCACACCAGACAGGUCCUGAUUGAUUUCUAUCGGCCCUACAACCAGAAGUUGGCUCAGGUGCUUGGAGACAGAGCUUAUUUAUGGGAAACGUAGCAACAGGAUCCGCCAAACAACUGCUGUCGAAUUUUAUUUUCCCUUCGCUGCAUGACCGGUUACACGUACAGGCAAGCGCUGACAUCUAGUGGCCUGAUGUGGGAAUUGCAUGCAUCAGACAGAAGCAAGGGUUAACAGCCCUCUAGUGUUGACAUGCUGGAAUUGCAGUCAAAUAAAUGUGCCAAAAAACUCCCAGUCCUGAUAUACGGACCCCGCGCAUCAGUUUUUCUUGUAACAGGCGGCGCCGAUAUGAACUCAGAAACUAACUUCUGUAAAGCAUCAAUGAACUGUUAAUGAAAUAUAGGGCACUGACUACAGCGAGGACUGGAUAAAGCAGCACUUGGAAGAAAGGGCUGCACUCGUGGUGGGGUAAAGCUGUUCUUAACUCACAGAAAACUAUUUUUUCAUGCUUCACAUGCCAAUAAAUUAAUAUUUAAAUUUUGGUGU